CGGAAGUCGCUUGACGCUUUGGUAACCUUGUAGCAACUAAACCAAUGGCGCACUUCUUCCUGUUUCGUGUGUCCUCGCCAAGUUCUUUUCCACCUAGGUUGCCUUUGAUCCCGGAAGUGAAGCCACGGCUUCCUUCUUCCCCAAGAUGGCAGCGUCUGAAGACGAUUUGCUCCCGCCUCGGCUCCCGGAUCUCUUCGAAACCAGCAAGCAGCUUCUAGACGAGGUGGAAGUAGCGUCUGAACCCGCCGGUUCCCGCAUUGUCCAGGAUAAGGUGUUCAAGGGAUUAGAACUCCUGAAGAAGGCUACCGAAAUGUUAUCACAGCUUGACUUAUUCAGCCAAAAUGAAGAACUGGAAGAGAUAUCUUCCACUGACCUGAAGUACCUAUUGGUGCCAGCAUUUCAAGGAGCGCUCACCAUGAAACAAGUCAACCCCAGCAAGCGCCUAGAACAUUUGCAGUGGGCUCGAGAACACUUUUUAAACUACUUGUCUCAGUGCCGAUGCUAUCACAUAGCAGAGUUUGCGCUGCCCAAAACCAAGGACGACUCAGAGGAAAAUAACACAGCUCAUUCCUCGGUGGCCUACCCUAACCUUGUUGCUAUGGCAUCUCAAAGACAGGCUAAAAUAGAAAGAUACAAGCAAAAGAAGGAGUUGGAACAGAGAUUGUCAGCACUGAAACCUGCUGUGGAAAGUGGUGAAGCAGAUGAGGAGGUUGUACGUGAAUAUUACCUCCUUAACAUUCGAAGAUGGGUUGGCAUCAGCUUGGAAGAGAUUGAGAGCAUUGACCAAGAGAUAAAGAUCCUGAAAGGAAGAGACUCUGCAGAGGCAUCAACUUCUCACUCAUCUCAACAAGACAGGCCUCCAAUGAGACCCUUUAUUCUCACUCGGAACGUAGCCCAAGCCAAAGUAUUUGGAGCUGGCUAUCCAAGUCUGGCGACUAUGACGGUGAAUGACUGGUACGAUCAGCGUCGGAAAUACGGAGCAUUGCCAGAUCAGGGGAUAGCCAAACCAGCACCAGGUAGGUCAGCACAAGUCACCCUAUCUGAAAAACAAGAGAUCGGAACAAAUUGAACCAAGCCUCAGUGACCUGUGGAACAGUAUAAAAUGGACUAACAAUAAAACAAUACCAAAAAAAUACCAGUAAACUAGUUAUAUUAAAAGGAGAACAGAAAAAGAAUGAAGGGGUCAGAUAAUAAUACUUGCAGAAAUGAUGACAAAGAUAUAGAUUUAGAAAUAUCAACAAACCCCAAUCGUGUUUGAAUACAAAGAAAAUCACAUAUGGGCACAUCACUGUCAGACUGUUAAAAACCAAAGAAAAAGAGAAAAAAUUUGAAAGUAGUAGAGAUAAAGUACAUGUGAAGUACAUCAGAAUAAUGUUAUGAAUUACUGCUUGCUUCCUAUCAGAAAUAGUGAGAGCCCAGACACGGGGAAGUAACAUCUUUAAAGUGUUGUGGGGGAGAACCUGUCAUCCCAGAAUUUUAUGUCCAUGAAAACUGAAAAUAUCCAUAAAAUUGAAAGCAAAAUUAAGAUAUUUUCAGACAAAUGAAACU